AUGCAACCGCGGAAUGCAAGCGUCCCGCCCGAUAACAAUACGAAGUCACUCAGCCUCCUCCAGUUGAUCGUUCGCCAAGCGCCCAACAUUAGGCACCAUUUCCCAGCUGAUGCGCGAGCUUUCUAUGACAUCGCAACCGCUAAAUAUCUCGACGUCGGGCUCUCAGUGUGGCGGGGCUAUUUCCAGAGCGUGCGGCCAACACUGGGUCGAUUGCUCAUCAAUAUCGACGUCUCACACGCGCUCUUCUAUGCUCACGGUCCGCUCAUCAAUCUCAUGAUGCAACACCUUGGCGUACAUGAUGUACGAGGGUUGCACAAUCUCCAGCCCCACAGCUUUCGACAGCUCCGGUCGUUCCUUAAGGGCGUCGUCGUCUCAUUCACUGUCGCGCGCGACAUGCGUCCACGCCCCAUAUCUGAUCUCGUGGAUGCAGCUGGUCUUCAGGAAUUUGACAAGGAGAACGAACGGUGUUCUGUUCAGCGCCACUUCGAGACCAAGUAUCAGGUGCCAGUGCAGUACCCUAGGGCGAUGGGCGUGAAGAUAGGGAAGACCGCGAUUUUCCCCGCAGAGUUUUGUGAAGUUCAACCCGGUCAAAUAUACCGGAAGCAGAUUCCCCCUCGUGUUCAGAAGGAGUUCCUGAAUAUUGCGACGCAGAGGCCAGACGUCCGCUUCCGCGCCAUCACUGAGGCUGUCAGACACGAUGAUGUCUUCAAAUAUAGAAGUUCCGAUUACGUGCGAGAAGCUGGGAUGCAAGUCAACGAUCGGCCAGUUGAUCUGAAGGCCAAGGUCCUCGCUCCUCCUCUCAUAAAGUAUGGACAUGGUCACGUUGUGCAAUUGGGGCGGAAAGCUGGCCAUUGGAACCUGAGAGGCUGUCAGCUCUACAAACCCGGCGUGCUGCAGUCUUGGAUGGUUGUCUGUUACUACAACGUGGACCGGGACCAGGUUCAGCACUUUGUGAGGAGACUCAGCGACGCCUUGCGGGGCCUCGGCAUGUCCAUCCCAGAUAAGAUGCCUGAACUCUUACCUGGGAAUGGGAGCAAUCCUACUGCGGUUCUUGAAGAAUAUGGGCGAAAGCUCAAGCCAACACUUGUUCUUUGUAUCAUGCCGGAAAAUUCUGCGGAGACUCGCAGGGCGAUCAAGUAUUGGGGCGAUUGCGCCAGAGGCGUGUCAACGCAAUGCGUGCUGAAAGGGAAAUGGGACCAUGCCAGCGAACAGUAUUAUGCUAAUGUCGCUCUGAAGCAAGCAGUUCCUUGCUACUGCUCGAUCAACUCUCGCAUGGGCGGUAUUAACUCGGUGAUCGAACACCCCGAGGUCGGCGAUUUCCUUAGAACAGCGAUGAUUGUCGGCGCUGACGUUGGGCACCCAGGUCCCGGCAUCACCAAUCGGCCCUCUGUCGCCGGAGUGGUUGCGUCCUUGAACCUAGAGGCGAGCAUCAUGACCUCAUAUAGUUCAGUGCAGCAGCCCCGUCAGGAGAUGAUUGAAGACUUGGAAGAGAUGAUCAUUUCUGCUCUGAAUGACUGGCGCAAGUAUCGCAGAGAGUCUCUGGGUUCAGAGUUCGACCGGCCACCGAGCGUCAUCAUCUUCUACAGAGACGGAGUGAGCGAGGGCGAAUAUGACCGAAUUACUCAAUAUGAAAUCCAUAAGAUUCACAGUGAGCUCUUCACCCUAUGCUUAUUCACAAGAAUGAAAUUGCCUCGGCGCGUGUGGCCUAAAAUUGUCUUCAUCGUUGUAACGAAGAGGCAUCACGUCCGGUUUUUUGCGAAGAACUCAGAGGAUGAGGACCGCUCCGGGAACUGCCCCGCAGGACUUCUCGUUGAUGACAGCAUUACCAAUCCGCAUGUCCCCAACUUCUAUCUCCAGUCACACGCGGGUUUGCUGGGCACAAGCCGGCCCACUCAUUACUCUGUGCUGGCCAACGAGGCACAGCUCGAUAUUGAUUUCAUCCAAAGGCUCACGUUCCACUUGUGCCACACAUAUGCAAGUGCGACGCGGUCAGUUUCCAUCCCCGCUCCUGUCUAUUAUGCCGAUCGCUUGUGUCUGCGGCUUCCCUUCCUCUGUGGGAAUGGUGCAUCCCUGAGCGACACCGCGUCGGACACCACUUCCGGGGAAACCUUCGAUCUCGAAACGUGGAAGCGUGCUGUGGCACUUAGCAAACCAUUUCCCGGGUUCCAGUUGAGGAUGCCCUUCAUUUGAACUGCCUACUGUCUCUCGGUCUUCG